AUGGAAGACAACAAGCCACUUUUGACAUCUGAAGUGAAGGGUGACGAGGGUGAGAAGUUAGUGAAAAAUGACGAGAAAAACAUCGAAGUAGUUGACGAGAAAAACACGGAGAAGAAGCACAACACAAAAGAAAUGUUUUGGACGCUCUGGAUGAUCUUCGGAAUGCUCAAUUUCUUACUCUUUUUACUCGUCGUGACCUGUUGCAUCUUUUUAUCAACGCGAUUGGAUGGGUUUGUCGUGAAAAUUGUUAACGAAGUCGACGUUGCGUUACCAAAGCAGUAUCACAUCCCAUUGAAUACUGUGGUGAUACCCAAAGAUCAAGCUUCAAGAGGGUCCUGUUGGAUCUUUUCGACUAUCGGGAUGGUAGAGAGUAGUUAUCGUAAAUAUGGAGUAGAGGCAGGGUUCUUAAAUGAAAACGAGUAUGUCCAAUUCUCCGAACAAGCCUACGGCAAAUUGAUCUAUGAUUACUGCCAAGACCACAAAGAGAUACCAAUCUGUGACUAUGGAGGGAUGGGAAUUAAUCAAACGAGUGAUGGGAGUGUCGAGUUUAUAUAUUACUUAGGCGAUGAAGCGAAGAAAUUGAUAUUACCACAUUCAGUGUGUGAGUAUUACACACAAAGGGGGGAUGGAGAGUUUCAUUGUAAUGACGAGAACCUUGCUGAGAUCAUUGCGACGAACCCGAUCGACUUUAAAAUUAAAGAUAUCAAAACGAUGUACUCCAUUAACGAAAUCAAAAAGACGAUGUUUGAACAUCAAGGCCCGAUCUCAUAUGGUCUUGCGACCGUCCAAAAAAGUUACUACUUUGAGUGCAAUGAGUACAACCCCGAUGUUAAUACCUCCGUUUGCACAACGUGCGAGUUUCCGUGUUAUCAAGCAGCAUCUGGUCUUUAUGUCCAAGACACGACGGGAGAGAAGUGUUGCACGCGAAUUGGGUUGGCGUCGUAUUCCAAUGACGCGGUCUUUGAUUUACAUGGCGAAGUGAUGGGCAGUGGAGGGCAUGCGAUGGUGAUAGUUGGAUGGAAUGAUGAGUUUAGGGUUGACCGAGACCAGAGCACUUAUGUGAAAACAAAGGAAGAAGGGAUUAAUAGACAAGACGAUGGCAAUCAGUACUACAAUCCUGUGAAAGGGGGUUUUAUUAUUAAAAACAGUUGGGGGUUAGUAGGGCAUUCCAUUCAAUAUUGGAUGCAAAGUAUUUCAGAAGCCAAUGAAGCGUUAAUCUGUCCACUAACUUUAUCGAUCAAAAAUUGGUCUCCUGUAGAUGCGGAGUGUCUGAAGACGAAUUUGAAGUUCUCGGAGUGUGGCUUUGGGAAAGUCCGAUACGUCGGAAGACAGAAGAAAAAGAUUUUGGGAGGGGUCAAGUUGAGUUGUAGUCGAUCAUCAAAUAAAGAAACGGAUGUUAAGAAAAUGACGUUAUUAGGGUUUCCGGAAUGUGGGGAAGACAAUGCAAACGACUAUGUGUAUGCGUUAGUGGGGAAGCUGGUCGAAGACGACGAAGAAGGUACUUCGACAGUGAAUUUGGUGUCUGAAAUUCCGGAGGGAAGUGAUACACAACGCCUUUACUCGAUUGUCCGAGCAAAGUUGGGAGAAGACCAAGAUACUGUGAGUGACGUCGAAGUCCUUCAAACAACACAAACGACACUUCAAAUGUUGGAAAAGGUGUUUAAACCGUUUGCGGAGUUCAAUGUAGAUAACAGUGACUCGUGCGGAUAUUAUUUCCAACCAUACUCCACUAUUCGUUUUUUGGUCAGUGACUAUAAGGCUUGGGGAUAUGAAUCUUACGCAUUCUCAUACCUCGAUAUACAAUGGGAGAAUUCUAGUUACCUCUUCGGUAAUGAAAAUAAUCAAAACUAUCAGUGGAUCAAAAACUCAACAGUCAAAUAUGCAUUCCCUGUGUUCGAUGGGCCGUUCGGAGAUAUCACUGCUAAUUGA